AUUUGUACAUUACGGUGAUAUAUAAGAGCUCGUGAGAGCAUAGCUUCUCAUCUUAAGCCAUGGCUUUCUCAGUGUACAUCCUGCUAGCCAUGACCCUGGCUCCCCUGGUCCUGGGCUACCCCAACCCCCCUACGUGCUACACCAAGGUGCUGCAGAUGGCACGGGAAAUCACCCAGCGAGCUGCCGAGAUCAAGAAUGCUCCAGAAACUAGUCGCUGUAUGUCACACAUGCCUGAUCUCCACAUAGACGUCCAUAACGGCUGUGUGAUGUCCAAGAUGAGGAGCUACAUCUCCCUGGUGGACGGCUUGCGUGAGAGGCGCUGUGCUUACACCAGGGAAGUGAGGUGGCUGGGGGUGACCACACGCCAGCUGUACAUGAUCAUGUCCCAGAGGUGUCGCGGGGAUCUGGUCUUCACCACGGAGAACUGUGCAGCUUUGGAACGAAGACAAGCUGGAGCCUGAAAUGGCAAUGUCACUGUCUGAUGAGAGAGAGAGACAGAGAGAAUGAGAGAGAAAGAGAGAAUGAAUGGGGGUGGGAGAGAAAGAUAUUACUGUGUAAUUUGUAUAACUGAGCAUGAAAUAGCUAUGCAAAUCACAAUGCAGUGUCUCUAAAUCUAAUCUGCACACUUUCAAUUAAUAGUUUUCUGUUGGUGAGGUAGUUGUAUUCCUCCUAUGGUUUCCAAUUAUUAAUAAACCAUCAUGUUCUACAAUUGCAGA